AUGCUAGUAAAAACUUUAGCCCUCACCUGGUGUUUACUAGCUUUGACUGGGCCACAUAUUUCACUUGCUGGCAUGGAACUUGGGCAGGGUGGGCCUGAUAGUGAAGACCCAGUUACCACUGAUAUUUAUGACAACUCGAGCACACACGUGCAUGAGAAGAGUAUCAGUGAUCUUUUUGAGCAUAACACAAUGUCUACCCACCUGCAUUCAGCCAAUAAUAAGCUGCUGUUUAAAUCAGAAGGUGAACGUAAGGUUUGGAGCAGUUUAAUUGAGUACCAAAACAUCAGCAUCAGUGAUCAGUUGGGCAGCAAGAACAUUCAGACUCAUCAGACAAAUGGUAUUCAUAAUGUGAGCCGGGACAGAAUAGUCACGGAAGAGAAUCGCUUUGAGAUUCAUGACAAUAACACAAGAAAUCACAGCCAACAUAACUCAUCAGAUAUUACAGUACUUGUCAUUAACAAAGCAGAUGAACUUGCAAAUAUACUCAAACAGGAUAAUUCAAGUGCAGUUGAAAAUGAAAAUUCUAAUAUUACAAAUGGGCUUAUCAAAAAUGAACUUGAUUCUGAGUUGAAAACCGCUACCCAAAAUAAUUCUGUUGAUGUCGGUUCUGAUGAAGUGCAGAAAAAUAAGAAACCUAUGGUCGCAGAUGUUCCUCAUGGUAAUCUUUGCAACCUCACUCACCCCGGACAGACAGAACGUGUGGACAUGCAGUUUACCAGCUCCAUUGUGGACAAUGAAUACAUUAUCACAUUUGAUGGAUACUACAAGACUCUGGCACGAAAGAGAUUCAUCUCUGCAGCUCUGCAAGAGGCUGGGAUAACCUCUUGGAAGAUCAUUCCACGAAUCAACCCUGCCAAUAGUUAUCCCAGUGACUUUGACGUUCUUCAGUUCCAUGGCCAGUCUGAUCAAAUUGGAGUGGAAGCACUGAAGAAUCAUCCACUGAUAAAACGAGUUACUCCCCACAGGAAAGUCACUCGCUCACUGAAGUACACUAAAGUUAAUGAAGAAGAUGAAACUACACCACACGAGGAGCAUGAUGCUAAACACUCUGAUUCUGCCUUCAAUGCAAGAAGUGCUGGCCGCAAAAGUCUGUCUAUGCCUGCCAUGUGGCUGUCACCUUCCAGGUACAAGGCUCGGAAGUUGCUCAGAGCUGUGCCAAAGCAGAUUGUUAGUGCUCUGCAGGCUGAACUCCUCUGGGGAUUUGGUUUCACAGGUGCAGGAGUGAAGGUAGCCAUUUUUGAUACAGGUCUUGCUACAGACCAUCCUCACUUCAAACGGGGUCGUUUAAAAGACAGGACAAACUGGACAAAUGAAAAAACACUAGACGAUGGUCUGGGCCAUGGAACAUUUGUGGCUGGUGUCAUUGCUAGCCAUAAAGAGUGUUUGGGAUUCGCUCCGGAUGCUGAUAUCUAUGUGUUUAGGGUUUUCACCAAUAACCAGGUAUCAUACACUUCCUGGUUUCUCGAUGCCUUCAACUAUGCCAUUUUGAAAAAGAUUGAUGUCCUAAAUCUGAGCAUUGGGGGACCAGACUUCAUGGACCAUCCUUUUGUUGACAAGGUGUGGGAACUGACAGCCAAUAAAGUCAUCAUGGUGUCAGCAAUUGGCAAUGAUGGACCACUGUAUGGAACACUGAACAAUCCUGCUGAUCAGUUGGAUGUGAUUGGGGUUGGAGGCAUCAACUUUGAGCAUCAGAUUGCUAGGUUCUCUUCCAGGGGGAUGACAACAUGGGAGCUGCCGGCAGGCUAUGGGCGAGUGAAGCCAGACAUUGUCACAUAUGGAUCAGCCGUCCGGGGUUCAGCUCUCAAAUCCAGCUGCCGAUCUUUGUCAGGAACCAGCGUCGCCUCCCCUGUUGUCGCUGGAGCAGUCACACUUCUCAUUAG